AUGUGCUUCAAGAAUCAACAGCAAUUCAGAGAUGCUUUGUUGAGCUUGCACAUCACACAGGCCAGAGACUUCAGAUAUCACAGAAAUUCAGACCAAAGGAUCAUUGCCUGUUGUAAGCAAGAGCACUGCCAGUUUUGCAUAGUUGCUGCAGUUAUCAAAGGGGAGAAGACUUUUGCUAUUAAGAAAAUAAGGCUGGAGCACACUUGCCCUAGCAGCACUGAGACAUCUAGGAUUAGUGCCAAGUGGCUUGCAAAGACCUAUGAGUCAUUGUUCAGGUAUGAUCCAACCAUCAGCAUACACACUCUGAUUGACAACUGCAAUGAGAAGUAUGGUGUUGAUGUGCCAAGGCACAUGGCCUAUAGGGCCAAAAACCUAGCUGUGGAAGCUGUUCUAGGAGAGCACAAGAAGCAGUAUCCCAGGCUAAGGGAUUAUGCUCAUACCAUCAUGGAUACAAACCCUGGUAGUAGAGUUUUAGUUGCAACAGUUACUCCAAGACCAACUACAAAAAUACCACAUCCAGGACCAAGGUUUUAUGCUAUGUUCUUCUGCAUAGAUGGAGCAAGGGAGGGAUUUCUCAAUGCAUGCAGAGCAUUCAUUGGUGUUGAUGGAUGCUUUAUUAAGCUCACCACUGGUGCUCAAAUCCUAGCUGCCACUGGAAGAGAUGGGAAUAAUAAUAUUUUCCCACUUGCAUUUGUUGUUGUUGGACAAGAGGACACAACUAACUGGGGGAAAGAUCUUAAGAAAUGCAUGGAUAAUGCCAGCUAUGCUUAUAACCAGCAGAAGUUUAACAUUGCCAUGAAUGACUUGAAAAAUGAGAGUGAGGAAGAUUGGAAGUGGCUAAGUGGAAUACCUAAGCACACAUGGGCUAGGCAUGCUUUUGCCACUAACUGCAAGAAAGACUUGGUUGUUAACAACCUGUCUGAGGUGUUCAACAAGUACAUCCUAGAUUUUAGGAAAAAACCUAUUAGGACCAUGAUUGAUGGUAUUAAGGACAAGCAGAUGGUGAGGUGGCAUAGAAACAGAGAGAAAGGAAAGGCAUCUCUGUGGGAGAUCACACCACAUUAUGAUGAGAAGCUUGAGGAGGAAAAGGAAAGGGACAGAUUCUGCAAACCUAUUCAAGCUGGUGUAAAUCUUUGGCAAGUGACCAGUGGGCAGCAAACACAUGCUGUAAACUUGGAAGCUUAUACAUGUGGCUGCAGAAAGUGGGACCUGGGUGGCACACCAUGCAACCAUGCAAUAUCAGCAAUUAACAAGGCAAAAAGAUUUCCAGAGGACUAUGUCUGCAGUUUCUUCAAAAAACCUUUUUACCUUGCUGCAUAUGAACCAAUGAUAUAUCCAGUUCCUGGUGAACAUGAUUGGACAAGGACAAGUGGACCAGACAUAGAGCCACCCAAAUUUCAUGUGAAGAAGGGGAGAAGGAAAGAGAAGAGAAUAAAGGGCAGAUUUGAGGUUCCAAAACCAAAGGACAGUUCAAGAAUGGCCACUAUAACAUGCAGCAACUGUGGGCUCCAAGGCCAUAGGUACACCAACUGCAAGCAAUAG